AGAACACAACCACUACGCCCGACUUUGGAUAUACGGUUCCUUCAAGCAGCCUUCAGCAGCCCGUCUUAGAUCCACAUCAGCAACAAUGGUCCGUUACGCCGCUACCCCCGCCAACCCCAGCAAGAGUGCAAGCGCCCGAGGCUCGUACCUCCGUGUGUCUUUCAAGAACACCCGCGAGGCUGCGCAGGCCGUCUCUGGAUGGGAGCUUCAGAAGGCUUUGACCUACCUCGCCAACGUCAAGGAGCACAAGCAGGCCAUUCCCUUCAGACGAUUCGCCGGCAGCAUCGGCCGGACUGCCCAGGGCAAGGAGUUUGGUGUCACCAAGGCCAGAUGGCCCGUUAAGAGUGUCGGUUUCAUCGUCGACCUGUUGAAGAACGCCGAGGCCUCCGCCAACGUCAAGGGACUCGACACCUCCAAGCUCAUCAUCAAGCACAUCCAGGUCAACCAGGCCCCCAAGCAGCGUCGUCGCACUUACCGUGCCCACGGUCGUAUCAACCCCUACAUGGCGAACCCCACCCAUCUCGAGGUUAUCCUCGUCGAGAAGGAUGAGGAGAUCACCAAGGCUGUCUCAAAACAAUAAGUUUUUAAAAAGUCGUGUUUGAUUAGGGCGUAAUUAAAAUAUAAAACUGGACGUUUCUUUUUGUACAUGAGUUCUUUUUUAAUGCAUACGUGUGAACC